UGAGAAGGGGCAUGCCUUAAGGAAAGGACUCAGUCACCACCGCAUCUGUUAGUGCAGCGCUUUCCGCCCGUCGCUUCCAUCGCUCCACUCCCUGUCUCCAAAUUCAAUCGCUUCAAGUCUUCAACCCCCAUUCAUCUAUGUCCACUUCUUCCGAACCACUGCCUCGUCGCCCUUCUCCCUAGGUCUUGAGGUUUGGCUAGUUUUUGCAUCAUAGAUAUAGGGAGGGUAGUAGGGUAGGGUAGAAGGGCUUAUGAAUAUUUUUGUGAAGAUUGCAACUCAUGGAUUAUCAUUUGCAAUCUAAAAAGCAUUUAGAUUAAUAACUCUGUAAAUUUACGUGUGAAUAACUUGCGGAAUAUUAAAUCAUCUUCCUGCAAUUAUUAGUGAAUAGUGACGGUCAGCCUAUAGGAUUAAGAAACUUAAUCUAUAAUAAAACCUUCUCACCCGAAGAGCUUUUCCGGGCCCGAAGCCGGGCACGUGCCCCCAUCUAGCCCCCUUAGGUCCUCCACGGGUGACACUGUGAACUAACCCUCCUGUUCAGCAGAAUAUGCUGAUUCCCUUAGCUCAGUAGAGUUUUUUUGAAAUAACUACACAUUGCAGUUACAAUAUGAAUACCAAUUACAUAUACAUGACUAUUUUCUUUCUAGUUCUGGCCUGUUCACUGCACACGAUCAUAUCUAUUUUCUUUAAUUUCAGUUUCGAGCUUCAAUUGGUCAUAUUCAUCUUCUCACUGCACACAAAGCAGACUGCUGUGUAACAGCCUAAACCUUCUCUAUUAAUUGAAGAACCAUUCCAGGUUAAAAAUUUGAGUGAGCCUUUAGCAAUGACUGAGGCAAAAGCAAUCACUGUUAAAGAUGUUGUCCACAAGCUGCAACUUUGUCUUCUGGAUGGCAUUCAAGAUGUGAACAAACUCUUUGCUGCCGGGUUUUUGAUGUCUUGUAGUGAUUACAAUGAUGUUGUGACCGAAAGAACUAUAGCAAGCAUGUGUGGUUAUCCACUUUGUAGCAACUCUUUGCCAUCUGGUAGACCUCUCAAGGGACGUUAUCGCAUUUCGUUGAAGGAACAUAAAGUAUACGAUCUUCGUGAAACCUACAUGUACUGCUCAGCAAACUGCGCUGUGAAUAGUCGAGCAUAUGCCUGUAACUUGCCAGAAGAGCGAAGUUCUACUCUUAACCCAUCUAAACUUAACGAUGUCUUGCGUGCUUUUGAGCAACUUGGUUUGGACUCUGAAGUGGAUCUUGGAAGAAAGGGAGAUUUAGGAUUCUCUGAAUUAAAGAUUCAGGAGAGAGUAGAAUUGAUGGGCGGAGAAGUUUCUCUUGAAGAGUGGGCUGGUCCAUCCAAUGCAAUUGAAGGCUAUGUUCCAAAAUCAGACAAGGCACAAACGAAACACCUUAAAAGAGGAUUUGGGUCCAACUCUGGUCAGCUCAAUAAGAAGAAAGCUGUGAAGCCUGUGAUAUUUAAUGACAUAGACUUCACCAGUUGCAUAAUUACUGAUGAUGAGUAUAGCAUUUCAAAGUUACCAAGUACUUUAGCAGCAGAAAAAGAAAACAAUAGCAAUGAAGAUGAUCACAUUAUCACAUUAGGAAAUCAGGUUGGUUGUUUGCAAAUUCAUAAUAAUGAUGAAUCAGAUCAGCAUGGACUAAGGAAUGGUAGGGUUUUCAAGAGUGAGAAGGAUCGCAUCACCGAGUUAUCUACAGAUCCUUCCAACAACAUGGCAGGAAAUACACUGGAUGGUGGAAAAGAUGCUGCACCUAAGACAACUACACUAAAAUCUUCUCUGAAGCCUUCAUGUGCAAAAAACGAAACUCAUUCAGUUAGUUGGGCUGACAUGAGAACUGAUCUUAAUGGCAGAAGCAGUCUCACUGACUCAACAACAAGAAUGGAGAAGGAUGAGAAUUUACAUCGCUUUGCAUCUGCAGAAGCCUGUGCAGCAGCAUUGAGUAAAGCAACUGAAGCUGUUGUGUCGGGCUGUGAUGUCUCAUCCGCAGUAUCUGAAGCUGGGAUUGUUAUAUUGCCUCCACCACAUGAAAAGGGUGAAGGGGAUUGUGUGGAGGAUGACGAGGUGCUUGAAGCAGAAGCACAUUCACAAGCAUGGCCAACUAAACCAGGAUUGCCAAAUUAUGAUCUGUUUGAAUCUGAAGAAUCUUGCUAUGACAGUCCACCAGAGGGGUUUAAUUUGUCUUUAUCACCUUUUGCAACAAUGUUUAUGGCACUAUUUGCAUGGAUAUCAUCAUCAUCUUUGGCCUUUAUAUAUGGGCAUGGUGAAAGUGUUGCUGAAGAAUAUUCAUUUAUUAAUGGACGGGAAUAUCCGCGCAAGAUUGUAUUAACAGAUGGACGCUCACAUGAAAUCAGACAAACUCUUGCCGGUUGUCUAGCACGGGCUUUGCCAGAUGUGGUUGCUGGUCUUAGGCUGCGAGUACCGAUAUCGACCCUAGAAAAAGGAAUGGAUAAAUUGAUUGACACAAUGUCUUUUGUGGACCCGUUACCCCCAUUCAGAAUGAAGCAAUGGCAAUUGAUUGUUCUUCUUUUUCUUGAUGCUCUUUCUGUAUAUAAGAUUCCUGUGCUUACUUCAUUUAAGACAGGGAGGAGAAUCCUGCUUCCAAAGGUACUAGAUGACGCUGGUGUAAGCGGUGAAGAGUACGAGAUCCUGAAGGAUCACAUUAUACCUGUAGGCCGAGUGCCUCAAUUCACUAUGCAAAGUGGAACGUAAUUCAUUACGACAGGAAUCCAUCACACUCCAUCUCACCCAAAGAUAGUUUCUGGUGGCUAUUCUAAAAGAGGAAUCUUAGACAUGUCUCUUGGGCUUUGGAUUGAAAUGUAUAGACUUUUUUAUAUAUAUAGGACAUUACUCUAUGCUGUAUACCCUAUUGUUUGUACCACAAUUUGGAUGAUGGAGAGUUUGCCUUGUGGCAUGAUUAAGUAGACCUUGGCGCCAAGUCAUUGUGUUGCACCAAAAAUUUAUUCUAAAAGUAUUGCUAGUUUUACACUUGCUAUUUUUCUUGGUUUUAGAUUAUCAACGUACGAAACAUUGUAUCACAAGCUGUUUUGUAAGGUGAAUAUAUAUAUAUAUAUAUAUUUCUAAAAAGUAUAUGAAAAAAAUUCUCCUAUCC